AUGCUUGAAAUAAAAAAUUCCUUCUUAUCAGUGGUUUGUCGUCGUUUGUUUUUUGGUGUUGCAAUUUUUGAUUAAAAAUAAAUUUAUAUCAUAAAAAAAGACCAACAAAUUAUCACUGUUUCACACAAAUAAACAACCCAUUAAGCAAUGGAAACUCAAGAAAACUUAGCAGCAAAUUUCUGUGGUCUUCUGAGUGCCCAAAAUAUCAAAGAAACUGCCAACGAAUGGAGAAUUCUUGGCCAAGAACAAGAUGGAUCAUUGCUAACGUCUUGUAUAUUUUCAAAUGAAAACAAUGAAAAGCACUCUUGCAUUGGUCAAUAUUUUGCAUUACCAAAAUCAUUUCGCAUUCUCUAUCGAUUUUCCAAGCAAGAGAAUAUCAUUCAAGCAUCGGUAAACAGUGCAGUUUCGUUGUUGGUGUACGUUGUCAAGAAUGAAAUUAAAACUGGCUCCGAAGAGGAGCCAGUUUGUACUUAUCAUUAUUCACCGUACAUUGUCGAAUUGAAGAACACUCCAACGAAACCACCCGAAUUGAUAACAAAAGAGAGUUCCAUUAAACAAGUGAUGGCUCAGUUUUUGUGGAAGAAAGAGACAAAGUUUGAUCAAGUUUACUUGGAUAAAUUUCUUGUGUUGACCCAUGAGGAAUCUGUAAUGCUUUACACAUCGACCAUAAAUGCUGAAAAGGACCAAUUUGGAGAUACACCAACAUCGAUUGAUUUCACCGAUGAAGAUUCAUGGUCGUUGGAUGAAAAUCUCACAGCCGAAAUGAUAGCUAAGAAUUUUGUAUGGGCUCAAUGGGAUUGUGAGAAUCAAGCUCUAUAUUAUAUUCAUAUGAAGUCGAAGGCAAAAAGUUCCAGUUCGAUUAUUAGCAAAGAUGAUGAGGAGAGGACCCCACCAACUCCUACUUUGUCGGCAUUUCAAUUCAAUGAUAAGCUGCCGACAGAAACUGUGUUAAACAUUCCAUUAAAUCUACCAAAGAUACCACACACAACAAACGCUUCAAAUUGCUACGAAGACGACACAGUACCCCUUCGAAUUCAUGACACCUCUCUCAAUCUAAUCAUUCUCGCCGAUGAGUCUGGCAUGUUAUUCGUUUGCCACUACUAUCUCUAUCAAAAUAUAAAACCACCUGCAGAUGACUCAAGUCCAGCAAAUUCCGAUGUUCAUUUUGCUUAUUCAGUUACACUUUUGCAUCAUGGUUGUGUGGUGCAUUGUGUAAUGCCAGGAAUUCCAUGGGAUAAAGCAAAGCUACUUAAGCCAACAUUUGCCCUUCAAGGUGGUCAUCAUAUGCUUGUAUUUCAACCAGAUUUAUUCGUUCAUCUACUCGAUGUUGGUCUAUCGCAUGAACCUUGCUGUCAUAUCGUUUGUCCAGCUUACAACAAAACUCCCCUUACCCAUUUAGUACCGUGCAAGAAUUGGGACAAAUUGGCAUAUGAUUCAGCAACAUUGGAUGUUUUCUCAUUAAGCAUUCCCAAAGCUCAUCUUAUUGAGGCAUUCCGCAAUGAUACCUCAGUUGAUAAUCGUUUGAGUAUGAUUCAUUAUUUUCUCGUCCAUUCCAAUGAUAUGGAUGUUCUAUCUGAAUUACUCAGUAUAAUAAUGGAACAACCACUUAGCUUCGAUACGGUUCCUCUUCUCAAAGAAGCUCUAGUUGCUGGCAGCUAUUCAUCGGCCAAACGAGGACUUCCCACUGAAGCUCUACUUUUAACUCGCCUCCUUCCACUUACAACUUCGGUUAUAUCAAAGCCAAUGCAAGCUAAAGUUGCCGAUCUAAGUGUUGGUCUAUCGCAUGAGAAUCUCUGGAACACAACCAUGAUGUUGUUGUCGCCACAACAACGUCUAACUCCGUAUGGAGUGGAUAUUUGGUCAAAAUUAUGGGAGAAUCUAAAUGAAAACAACAAGGACAAGAAUCGCUUUACUGCCGAGCAAGUAAGUGAAAAGUUAAUGUUCUCGUUGGCAUGCUACCAGCCAGAGGCACUAUCCAGAUGUACAACACCGCUAUCGCCAGCCGGGCCGAAUGCUGGAGAUUUUGCAACUGCUGUGCGACGCAUGCAAAAUGAGCCCUUGCCAUUUGUAGAGCUGGAAACUUGUACAGCUACAAAGCAAGAACAUGUUAUUUCGGUUAAUUUACGUGAAUUAAGCGUUCAUUUAGUGAAAAAUUCAACAAAUAAAAACACUGGAUUCCGCUGGUUGAAAGAGACAUUCUUUGAACGAUCACAAACACCAGCCCAUGUUCAUGCAGUUGCUUCACAAUAUGUUGCCGCUCAAUUGGAACUAUCGAGAGCUUUGUGUGCUUUAGUUUGCAGGGCAGCUGGAAUCGAUGCUCGUGUUGAAGUUGUUCGUGGUUUUCCAUUGAUUGAUCAACUUAGUAAUGAUCAACAAUAUUCGCUGUUUUUGAUACUCGAACGUUUUUGCCUUGCUGUAGAUUCAAUUGCAUUUCCUUUGCCACAAGGAUUCUCAUCGUUCUUUGCCUAUUUGGGUUACAGAGCACUUUCAUACGAUAUGUUUUAUCAAUAUGCUUCGAAUCAUGUUUUCGAGCUGCAAAUUGAUGUUAUGAAAACUAUUCUUAACGACAUAAAAGAUACACCUGAUGGUAUUGAGCGAAAGCUAUCUUUGCUCUCUUGCUUGCCCAAGUCAAGAGCUCAGAGGCUACUCAAGAAUUGGAAUCAUCCGGAGAGUCUUAUGAUUCGAGGUCGAGAACACGCAGCCAAUAUUCUAUCGGGAAAUCUUGGACAACCACGCGGAAGUAGUAGCAGUAGCACGAGUGCUCGAAGUACCAAACAUAUCACAGGCCUAACUGCAGAUAGACUUUCUCCUUUGGACUCGUUUUUGGAUCUUUUGACUGCAAAAGCUAGCCUCAAUGAAUUGGACUUUAAUUUGCUAAUUGAGACAACUGUAACAUCAAUGGAACAACUAAAGAAGAAUUAAUUUAAAACAAAUCAUUUCAAUGCUUCGUAAAGAUUAAUUUGUUUUCUCUUCAGAUUUUGUUUAAAUUCUUGUGAUAUAAAUUAGGUUCCUUAGUUUGUAGAUUUAAUUAAAUUUAUAAGCUUUCCUUUGCAUUUAAAAUUACUUAAACAAAACCAUAAUUAGUACCUUUAGAAAUACCUAACAACAAAUACUGUUUUUUGUGCCAAAAGAACUCUUUAAAUUUAACAUAGUAACUUACAAAGAUUAAAUAUGUAUCAUUUAUUUAUGUACUCGUAGUGUGCCAUUUUUAAUGAAAUGGAAAUGUGUAAUUAUGAGGCUUUAGCACUUUUUUUUCCAAUUGACUGAUUU